UCUAGACCCAAAAAACAUUAGCACUAAAACCCAUGAUUGAGAUCCAAUCCAUUACCCUCAAAACUAAUAUAAAUCAAAAGAGCCAGCCCCAUUAGAAAACCACUCACUCUCGUUCCUCAGCCUCUCCAACCUCGAGCCCAAUAUAGAUCCAUGGAGCGGCCACCAAUAAGCACAAAUUUCAAUUUUCAAAAACCAAACAAUUUCAUUAUUACCGUUACGCAGGAUAAAGAUAUAUCAUAUAUCACCAAAUGUUGCUUCAUCCACGGGAGCAGAUGAAGAUGAUCAUGAGUUUGUUUGUGACUCAAUCUUCUCAACAAAGUGCUCUGCAGAGUUAUCUUCAAGAUUAUGCUUAUCGUCAUCAUGUAGUUUCAGAUUAUACUUAAAAAGCUGGUAGGGCAUUAUCAUCCAUUGAAGGGCAUGGUAUGGAGGUUAUCAAUUGUGGUGGUUGUACUAGUGCUCUUCAUCUGCACCAUCUCCUUCCUCCUCCUUUCAUCCUCCACCACCGCCGCCGCCAAUUCUCGGUCCUCCGCCUAUGGCUCCCAGUUUUGCAACUUUGGAGAGGUGCUGCUGAUUCUGGUGAUUGGAGGUCAUCUUCUGUGCCACGAUCUCAUUGACCUCGUAUCUCCUCCAGCUCCAAGUGAGAGUAAUGGCUAUCUGCUUGUUCGCUGUAAUGGUGGUCUGAACCAGCAACGUAUUGGGAUUGUUAAUUCGGUUGUCGUUGCACGAAUCAUGAAUGCUACACUAGUGCUACCUAAGUUGGGCACAAACUCCUUUUGGCAUGAUAACAGUGGUUUCCAUGAUAUCUAUGAUGUUGAACAUUUUAUCAGGAUGUUGAGGUCUGAUGUUCAGAUUGUUAAAAGUAUACAAGAAAUUCACAAGAAAGGGAAAACCAAGAAGAUUAAAGCUUUCCAGAUUAAACCCAAUAGAGAUGCUCCUAUCAGUUGGUAUACUACAGUUGCUUUAGAGAAGAUGAAGGAACAUGGUGCCAUUUAUCUCACCCCCUUUUCUCACUGUUUGGCAGAAGAAAUUGACAACCCUGAGUACCAAAGAUUGAGAUGCAGAGUUAACUAUGAUGCUCUGAGAUUUAAGCCACAUAUUAUGAAGUUAAGUCAAUUGAUAGUUGAUAAGCUCCGGUCUCAAGGUCAAUUCAUGUCUAUACAUCUUCGUUUCGAGAUGGAUAUGCUGGCAUUUUCUGGGUGCUUGAAUAUAUUUACACCUAAAGAGCAAGCGAUAUUGAAGAAGUAUAGAAAGGACAAUUUUAAAUCGAAAGUACUCAAUUAUGGCAAAAGGAGGGCCAUUGGAAAAUGCCCAUUAACUCCAGAAGAGGUUGGUCUUAUUCUACAUGCAAUGGGGUUUGACAAUUCUACUCGAAUAUACCUAGCUUCAGGGGAACUUUUUUGUAGGCAUCGAUUCAUGAAACCAUUUCAGAUGCUUUUUCCUCGCCUUGAGAACCAUAGCUCUGUGGAACAUACAGAUGAGCUUGUUGAGAACACUGGGGGGCUGUUACAGUCUGCUGUUGAUUACGUGGUUUGUCUCCAGUCGAACAUUUUCAUGCCAACAUAUGAUGAUCCAAGCAACUUCGCAAACAAUCUCCUUGGACACCGCCUCUACAAUGGCUUCCAGACUACAAUCAGACCUGACAGGAAAGCUCUAGCCCGUAUCUUCAUUAAUUGGGAGAAAGGGUGGAGAGAAGGUUUUGAUGAAGCUGUUAGGCGUGUCAUGCUCAAAAAAAACUUUGGUAGACCCCAUCAACGUGUUCGACCAGAGUCUUUCUAUGCAAAUCCUUGGCCUGAAUGUUUCUGUCAAACUUCACCACAGAAUCCUGCAGGCAAAUGUCCCCCAGAUGAUCUGCAAAUUCUAAGCAGCCAGUUGAAGAGUGAAACAACUGAUGACUUGAAACCAUUGACCCCAUUGAACUCGACAGUAUCUGAGGCAGAAAGAUUAGAAAUUUGACUUCUAGCUGGUGUUAUUCUACCUCAGUGAUGAACCUUCAUAUAUCAAAAUGAAAAGAAUGGGUUUUCUCAACCAUAUUGGCCUUUCAGUUACUUUUGCUGGCCUUCAUCUCAAGAGAUAUGGUUAGUAAAUCUGUUAGGUGUUGGAGAUUCAUGUUUCCUGAGGUUUGGACCACAGAAAUACUGUCAUACAGAUAAUGAAGAGGAGUUCAAUGCUUUGAGUUGGCCAGAGUACACAUGAACUGGAGCUUUUAAAAAAUUACUAAUUGAUUAUGAAUGAUAUCUGGUUGACUUGCUCAAUAGGGAAAGGCUGUAUCACUGACCAUAAUUUAACAACAGUGUUUAGGCCUGGUUUGAUCAAUAAUGUGCUUGUAGCUGUAGGUUACAUUUUGUCACAUCUUUAUUAAGUUAGUUUGAUGUAUAUUAUAAAGAGUUUGUUCAAAGUAACUCCAUUAAUACAACUCGAGCAAUGUGCUCAAGAAUGAAGACACAAAUCAGUCAUCCGCUAAUAAGUUUGAAGAAAGCAAAAUAUGAAUAAAAGCGUCCCUUACAGUUUUGGGAUAAUUCCAAAUGAAA